AUGAUGGAAUUUAUUCUUCAAUCCCCCACUUCAGUCUCUCUGUUUGGGGUCUUUGUUGUUCUCCUGGUCCUCCACCUUCUUUACUCCAACUUCAGUUUCCCAAAAAGACGAGAACCUCCAGGACCCAGACCUUUUCCUCUGCUUGGUAACCUGCUCCAGGUGGAUCUGAAAAGACUCGACCAAAGUCUUUUUCAUCUGUCCAGAACAUUUGGACCAAUUUUCCAAGUCUACUUUGGACCAAAGAAGGUGGUGGUUCUGGCAGGGUACAGGACUGUCAAAGAGGCUCUGCUGAACCAGGCUGAUGAGUUUGGAAACAGAGAAAUCACUCCGCUUUUCUACGAUUUUAACCAAGGGCAUGGCAUUCUGUUUUCAAAUGGAGACUCAUGGAAAGAAAUGAGACGUUUUGCUCUGACAACUUUGAGAAAAUUUGGAAUGGGCAAGAAGAUGAGUGAAGAGAUAACCAUAGAGGAAUGUGGCUAUCUGAUUAAAGAAAUGAAAAAAUACAAAGGUAAAGCCUUCAACAACACUCAGGCAAUCAAUUACGCUGUUUCAAAUGUUGUAUCAGCUCUGGUGUUUGGAAAGAGGUUUGAAUAUGAAGAUCCAGUCUUCCAAAAGAUGGUGGAGAGAGAUAACGAGAUUAUUCAUCUGACUGGAUCAGUUUCUCUCCAGAUCUACAACAUGUUUCCCUGGCUGGUCAGAUGGAUAAAAAACCGACAGCUUAUGAUAAAAAAUGCUGCGAUAAGUAUCAGAGAUGUUAAGGAUAUAAUCCAACAACUGAAAGAGACUCUGGAGCCUCAGACAUGCAGAGGCCUGGUGGACUGUUUUCUGAUCCGGCAGCAGAAAGAUGAGGAGUCUGGUGUUAAAGACACACACUUCCAUGAGGAGAACCUGGCAUUCACAGUGUCCAACCUGUUUGCUGCUGGAACUGACACCACAGCCACGACACUGCAAUGGAGUUUGCUGCUAAUGGCCAAAUACCCACAUUUUCAGGACCAGGUCCAGGAGGAGCUGGUCAGAGUGAUCGGAAGCCGAGAAGUUAGUGUAGAAGAUCGUAAAAACCUUCCAUUCACUGAUGCUGUGAUCCACGAGACACAGAGACUGGCGAGCAUCAUUCCCACAGCUAUUCCACACAAAACCAGUCAAGAUGUCACCUUCCAGGGUUACUUUAUCAAAAAGAACACGGUUGUAUUUCCUCUUCUGACCUCUGUCCUGCAUGAUGAGAGUGAAUGGGAGAGCCCUCACACCUUCAACCCUUCUCAUUUCUUGGACAAAGAGGGUCAAUUCAUCAAGAGAGAUGCCUUCUUGCCUUUUUCUGCAGGUCGCAGGGUGUGCCUCGGGGAGGGUUUAGCUAAGAUGGAGCUCUUCCUCUUCUUCACCUCCCUCCUUCAGCGUUUUCGUUUCACACCCCCACCUGGAGUCUCAGAAGAUGAACUGGAUUUGACACCAGCUGUUGGUUUCACCAUUUCUCCUUUGCCUCAUGAGCUGUGUGCUGUCAGUCGUGAGUGAAGAGGGAAAUGUGGUGUUGAAUGACUUCCAUAUCCUCCAUCAGCGAACACUGAACACAGACAGGCACAAAUAUUAGUUUAGUCACUAGUCGAAAAGUGGUUUUAAAGAGCUGGAAUUUUUUUUAGCAAGACACCAGUUCAGAUCAUAUUCCUGCCUUAAUGACACGCUGUUAUUUUUAUUUACUGAUACACAUUCAUAGACAAUAACUGAGUGUAUUGACGAGUAAUUACAGAUGAUAGCUUUGUCCACAACACAGUUUGUUUU